CAAUGGAUAACGUUCCUUCAGUAACAAAAAUAUCCAACCUUGUUUUCACUUCUUCUUCUUCUUCUUCUCCCUCAUCAUCAGUUGAAGCUUGAAACUCCCUCGAGAACCAUUUGCAGAAAGAAUAGAUGGAUAAAAAAUAGUUGAACCUUGAGUUGUUUCUUGUAAUUCUUCUUCUCUUCUUCUUCUUCUACAUGGCUUCUCUGCAUCUUCAACUCCCUACCAACUCUUUCAUUUUCAACCACAACAAGGUUAAUCCAGCUCCAAAGGGUUUUGAAUAUCAAAAUCGUAAUAAUUCAUUUAUAUGUAACAAUGCUCGAACUGCAAAAGCUCCAAUAGCAGCACCUCCUCCAUUCAGAUUAUUUGAGCCUCCCCAAAUUGAAGACUCACCCUCUGAGUUGGAACCAGCAGACCCUGAUUUUUACAAGAUUGGAUAUGUUCGAAGUGUACGAGCUUACGGAGUUGAAUUCAUGGAAGGCCCUAAUGGAUUUGGAGUUUACGCUGCCAGAGACAUUGAACCUCUUCGCCGAGCCAGGGUUAUCAUGGAAAUACCAUUAGAGCUGAUGGUAACAAUGCGUCAGAAGCUCCCAUGGAUGUUUUUCCCGGAUAUUGUUCCUAUUGGCCAUCCAAUUUUUGAUAUCAUUAACUCAACGAAUCCUGAGACAGAUUGGGACCUAAGAUUAGCAUGCCUUCUUUUAUUCGCGUUUGAUUUGGAGGGUAACUUCUGGCAGUUGUAUGGUGACUUUUUACCCAGUGCAGACGAGUGUACUAGUUUGCUUCUAGCAACAGAGGAGGACCUUCUGGAGCUGCAGGACGAAGAUCUAGCUUCAACUAUGAGAGAUCAGCAAGAGCGAGCAUUAGAAUUUUGGGAAAGAAAUUGGCACUCGGCUGUUCCACUGAAAAUUAAACGGCUAGCUCGUGAUCCUGAAAGAUUCAUGUGGGCACUGAGUAUUGCACAAUCCCGAUGUAUUAAAAUGCAAAUGAGGAUUGGUGCACUCAUCCAAGACUCAGAUAUGCUUAUUCCUUACGCUGACAUGCUGAACCAUUCGUUUCAGCCGAACUGUUUCUUUCACUGGCGAUUCAAGGAUCGCAUGCUCGAGGUGAUGGUAAAUGCUGGACAAAAGAUCAAAAAAGGGGAUGAGAUGACUGUCAAUUAUAUGAGUGGCAAGAAGAAUAACAUGUUCAUGGAAAGAUAUGGCUUUUCCUCUCCAGCGAACCCCUGUGAUAUCAUCCAAUUCAACAGUAAUGCAAGGAUUCAUUUGGAUUCCUUCUUGUCAGUAUUUAAUAUCUCUGGCCUACCCGAAGAAUACUAUCACAACAAUAGACUAUCAAAUAGUGGGGAUAACUUUGUCGAUGGAGCGGUUAUAGCGGCAGCACGCACGUUGCCGACAUGGUCAGACGGAGAUAUUCCCUUCGUCCCGAGCUCAGAAAGAAAGGCUGCAAGAGAGUUACAGGAAGAAUGCCAGAAGAUGCUAUCUGAAUUCUCAACUACUCCUGAUCAAGAUCAACAAAUUCUCGAUUCUAUGCCGCAAGCGAGGAGAACACUAGAGGCAGCAAUCAAAUAUAGGUUACAUAGGAAACUGUUUCUGAAGAAGGUGAUCCAGGCUCUGGAGAUCUAUCAAGAUCGAAUCCUGUUUUGACACUGUAACUUCCCAUCAAGUAGUGUUUCUUGUUUUAAUAUUAGUUCACAACUGCGCUCAGAAGUAGAAUACAUAAAUGAAGAGUAGGUUUUUUUGCUGGAAUGAGAGAUUACAGUAGCUCCAUGCAUGUAACUAUAGUGUUCUUAAUGCAUAGGAUUCAGGAUUGUAGUGUCUAUCAGAAAAUUUUGAUGCGCUGCUUCUAAUAUGUUGUUUCAUGGCUAGAAGAAAUUAUUAUUUGGUGUGCCCAGAUUGGUACUAUAAUCAUUUGCAAUAUGUUUAAUAACAUAACUUUCACUUUCUUUUUC